AUGGUGCCCAGAGUGUUCGUCGUGAGCGAUAUUCACACCGACUUCGAGGAGAACAUGAAGUGGGUGAGGGGUCUGAGCGACACCAAGUACGCGAACGACGCCAUCAUCCUCGCCGGGGACGUGUCCGAUGACCUGUCGGUGCUUGGGGAGACCCUCGUCCUGUUCGCCUCGAAGUUCCGGCAUGCAUUUUUCACACCUGGCAAUCACGAGCUCUGGUGCAAACGACGCGGGCCCUUAAAGGACGGCGAGUCCGAGGCGGACAGGGAGACAAUCCCGGACUCGAUGACCAAGCUCGAGCGCGUGCUCCGGCUGUGCGACGAGUGCGGCGUGGAGACGAGGCCGCGGCUCAUCGGCGACGGGGAGAGAAAGCUGUGGAUAGCUCCGGUGGUGGCGUGGUACCACUCAUCCUUCGAUUACGAGCCCGACAUCACGGAGACCCGCGUGCACCCGCCUCACCUGGUCAUGAGCGACUUUAGGCUGUGCGAGUGGCCGGGGCUCGACCCCAAGGACGAGAGCGUCGCCGAGGCGAUGGACGCAGUGAACGACGCUCGCGGCUGGGGUACAUUUUUGGAGUGGCUUCGAAGGCCCGAGCAGUCGGCGGCGGACGCGUCCGUGCCCAUCGUGUCGUUCUCGCACUUCCUCCCGCGGUUGGAGCUGUGCCCGGAGAAACGCAUGCUAUUCUACCCGAACCUUCCCAAGGCGGUGGGCUCCGACUUUGUCAUGCGUCGCAUCCAAAACCUUCGCGCCGAGCAACCGCCGGGCACUCGGCGCAAGCGGAUGCACGUGCACUGCUUCGGGCACACGCACUUCGGCUGGGACGCCACGAUUGACGGGGUGCGGUACAUCCAGGCGCCCGUCUCCUACCCGCACGAGUGGAAGCAGCGGCCCGGGUCCCUCACCCCGUGUUGCAUCUUCGACUGGGAACAACACGGAGGGUUCGCGCCCAAGAUGAGCGCGAGGUGGAGCGACCACUACGCGAGCAACCCGCGGACGCCGCAGAACACGGAGCUCGCGUGGUGGGUGCGGGGAUCCGCCCUGAAAGGCAGAGCGGACGAUGAGUCGGACUAG